AUGCCACCAAGAGGAAGAGGUAGAGGAGGUGCUGCUCCAAUGGGCAGAAUUCCUUCUUCGGGAGGAGCUGCUUCACAACAACAAGAAGGAAGUGGUACUGCUGCUAAUGCAGGUGAAGAACAAGCAAAGAAACCACAAAUUUUAACUCCUUAUCAAGCUAUGCAAAGAAAGGCUCUUUUGAUUCCUCCUCUUUAUCCCGAAGUUAAGAUUCAUAAAUGUAAACCAAUCUCUGAUGCUCUACAUGUUAUGAUUGAACAAAUGAGAAAUUCAAGAGGAAGAAUUAGAAACUCUCCAUACUAUGUUGACUCACAACAUUGUGAAGCUUGUUUGGAUGAAAAAAAGGAUCCACUCAUGCAAAGUCUUGGUAUAAAAACUGGCUAUUUCCCAAGCGAAAUAGUUGUCAGACCAAACAAGAAGCGUCUCAUGAUGCUCUAUAAGAGAUUUAAUUCUGGAAGUGAUGAAGCCAAUGUACAACGAUUGGAAAAGCUCUUCAAACAAAAAAAGGAUGAUGACGAUGAAGACGAUGAUGAUGACGAAAAUGGUGAUAUUCUUGCUGAGGAUGAGGAAUCCGAUGGAGGAGAUGCCUAUGAUGCAUUCGAAAACUUUGACGAUGAUGAAGAUUACUUGGAUGAAGAAGAAGUUGGAGAUGGAGAUGAAGGACCAACUAUGUAA